ACCACCCAGCACAUCUCAAUCAAUCUCCGCCGUCUCCGCCAUGGCUGCGGAGCAACUGGCGCAAGCCGAAAGCUUCAAGGAGGAAGGGAACCGACACCACCAGGAAGGGAACUACAAGAAAGCCUUGGGUGCCUACCACAAGGUGUUCUGCUUCAUCAAUGGCCUGGUCCCACCACCAGCCCAUCAGGACGUGGUAUCGGUUGCUUCCAACCAGAUCCCUCAGGAUAAGGUCGAAGAGGUUCAACGCUUGAAAGAGGCCACGCGAUUGAACAUGGCGGCCUGCUAUUUAAAGCUGGGCGAGCAUCAAAAGUGCGUGGAUGCCUGCAACCAGGCGCUCCAGUUGGGCCAGAAUGCUAAGGCGUACUUCCGGCGAGGCCAAGCUUACUUGGAGCUGCGGAACUUUGGUGCCGCCAAGGCGGACCUCCUCCGCGCCGAAGCGGAGCUCGGUGCGGCCGCCGCGGCGCCGCUGCGCCGCGCGCUGCGCGAGGCGCUGCGCCCGCGGACGGCGGACGGCGCGGAGCGGCAGCAGUGCCGGGCGAUGUUGGAAGUGAAGGCGCAAGACAGUGCUCCAGAGGAGUUGGCCAUGGAGGACAGCGCCGACGUGGACAGCGAAGUCGCCGUCGCCCAGUCCGAAGCACCGGUUGAAGCACCGGCCGCGGCCGAAGCGGAGGUGGAUCCGGUAGACCCCUUGACCGUACCGGAUGAAGCCCCAAAGCUGCCCACCACGGUCCGCGAGCUCCGCGGAUUCGGGUGGGCAGGGUGGAUCGGGGCGACAGGUGGAUCAGGUGGAGGCUCACCUAUGCAUGGCAGCAGACAGAUACGGAGAUCAAAGUCUACAUCUCCUUCGAUCAGUCUGAGGAGCUCCAAAACGUCAAGGAAUCUCAGGUGAAGGCCGCCUUCGGCGAAUGGAGCGCCACAGUGCUCAUCGAGCUGGGCGGGCGGCCUUUCGGCCUGCGGCUGAACGACUUCCACCGACGCUUGGCGCCGGAGAAGUGCUCGUGGGCGCUGCAGAGCUCGCGGAUCACCUUGAAGUUGGUGAAGCGAGAGGCUGAGCAUUGGUGGAACUUGCUCCAGAAGUCUUCCACCUGAAAUUGAAGUGGCAAUCCUUCGGAUCUGGAUGAUUUGUGGAUUGAUUUGGAUCAUCAUAUGUCUUCAUGUUGUGUACUGUUGGGUUGGG